ACCUGUCCUUUUCCCCAAAAUCUCUUCAUUUUCCAGCCAUUAAUCUACAAUUCUCUCUCAACAUACAGAGAAAAGUCUUAAAAAUUCCCAAAAAUGGAAAAUCUAAGACUUCCAGAGGUGAAGAACCCAACGGCGAGAGGGUGAACACAUACCACAAACCCAAGAGAAUCAAAACCAUACUCGAUGCUUUAGAUCCAGAAGAGGUCGAAUUUUUUCGUAAUAGGACGUUUGGGAAGAUUAUAUCUCAAGCAGAGAAUCGUUCCUUUUCCGGUAGUUUUGGCCAGUUCGUCAUCGUUUGUAUCCUCCGUGUGAAGAAAAAAUACGAGAUUUGGUUCCUCUUCGACGGAAAGCUUGUAAGGAUGUCACUUCAUGAGUUUUCUCGUGUUACCGGGCUCAACUGCAAAAAGAUUCCUCCUAAAAACAACAAGAGGAAAAAGAAGAAUCCAACAAAGGAGAAACUUGAAUGGGGAGAAUUGUUUGGAUCACUCAAGUUCUGCCUCGUAGAUCUAGCAAUAGAGAUGCUAAAAAAAAGGGCAGUGAAGAACCGCAAGACCCGAUUGAAAUAUGCAUGCCUUGCGUGUGCUUCUCCCGACGUCUCAUUUCCCCCGAAUCAUUCCAGAGCUUGUUGAAAUGAUACGAGACUUGGAAGAAUUUCUGGCAUUCCCAUGGGGUAGGGUCGCGUUCGAGAUGCUAGUCACUGGGAUCAAGAAGAAAGAUGAGAUCCUACUAUCUCAAACAAGCGUUGCAUUACCCGGGUUUUUGGAUGCUAUUCAACUUGUGUUCAUGGAGGCAGUGCCGCAGAUAAAAGAGGUGGUUCCGCAGCCGGAACCUGUGGUGGUGAUAGAGUCAGACUCUGAAUCAGAAACUGGAUGCGGCGACUCGCAAGCCGAUGAGGAAGAAGACGAAGCUGUCAUAAAACCAGCCACACCUGCAGCAGCAGUUCGCUAUUGCGUGAAUCCAGCACAUGUAAAAGCGUUGGACGAAGAUGAAAAGACAGAGGUGAUAUCAUUCUUUGAGGAUACAUCACACUCCUCGGAUGACCUUACUUGGGAUGACGAGGUUGUUGACGUCGUGGUGGAUGAACUUGUCCGUCUAAUUAAAGAAGACUACACAUUUAAGAACACAAUGUUUGUUGGAGGCCUAACUGCAGCUGACCUGGUCCGUAUGAGAGCAGAGAGAAAACAAAAAUAUAAAGAGACAAAAGAGAGAAAGGAACGAGAGAACCAGCCGGAUUCUCCAGAUACUGACGCCAGUGACGCUGGUGAACCAGCCGGAUUCUCCUGAUACCAGCCGCAUAUUUACGUUCAGUUGGAUCCUCUAAGAACAACCAUCCACCACUACCAACUUGCUCCCACACGCCAACGACCAGAUUAACAAGCUGCCCCAUGAUAAUCUAGUUAUCUGAAAAAUUACAACAGUUAAUUUAUACACCUGAGAUCAAUAUAUAAACUAAGACAUAAAUAUAAAUGAUUGAACCCAAGCA